CCUCCCCCAGGCAAUGAGCUGAGGAUGGAGACCAAGGAGGAGAAAUCCCCCCAGCAGAACCUCAUGGAGGGGGCUGUGUUCAGCAUCUCCACAGCACAGGAAUACAACAGGGAGGAAAAGUCCCAAAGCUCCUAUAGAAGGAGUGGCCCCAAAGCCGGGCCUGGGUGCUCUGAGGGGGAAAGCCCCACCCUGUGCCAGGAAGGUACCCAGAGCUUCAGCCGGGGCUUGGACCGGGUAGUCCAUGAGCAGCUUCACUCUGGGGAGAAGCCCUACAAGUGCUUGGAGUGUGGGAAGAGCUUCAGCCAGAGCGCCUUCCUGAUCCGUCACCGGCUGAUCCACACUGGAGAAUGGCCCUACGAGUGUGGGGAAUGUGGGAAGGGCUUCAGCUGCAGCUCUGAACUGAUCCACCACCAGCGCAUCCACACAGGGGAGAGACCCUAUGAGUGUUCUCAUUGUGGGAAGAGGUUUCAGACCAGCUCCAGUCUUGUCAUCCACCAGCGGAUUCACACAGAUGAGACACCCUUCUGCUGCCCGGAUUGCGGGAAGGGCUUCAAGCACAACUCCCAUCUCAUCAGGCACCAGCGCAUCCACACUGGGGAGAGGCCCUAUGAGUGUUCUGAGUGUGGGAAGAGGUUUGAGACCAGCUCCAGUCUCCUCCUGCACCAGCGGAUUCACACAGAUGAGAGGCCCUUCCGCUGCCCCGACUGUGGGAAGGGCUUCAAGCAAAACUCCCACCUUGUCACCCACCAGCGCAUCCACACUGGGAAGAGGCCCUACGAGUGUCCUGAGUGUGGGAAGUGCUUCAGCCAGAGCUCUAACUUGACCCGACACCAACGCUGCCACCAGUAAAGGAAGCCCUGUGAGUGCCCCGAGUUUGGGAAGAGCUCCGUGCGCUGCUCCAACUUUAUCCCCCAUCAGAGGAUCCACAUUGGGCAGAGACCUGGUGACCCACAUUCCUGGUGAUCCCAUUGGGAUGACACCUGGCUUGUUGUCUACACAUCCUCCUGGAUUCCUCUAAGCACCUGCAUGAGCACAGGGGCAGGAACGCUCAUCCAGACUCAGAUUGACAGUGGAAAAUCAUUAGAAAGAGCUGAUUUCUUCAAUGCAAAAAAUGUCUGCUUCUCUGUUCAGUUGUUUCUUCUGGUGACAUCAGGCAUUAAUCUGGUGGCAUCAGGAAAUUAAAUAAAGAGAUCUAUAGCCAUACCAUUUUACCAGGAUUUGGGGGCUGAAUUUGGGGUUCAGGGGAAUAUUUGGGAGGAUUUGGGUGUUCUGGGACUGCCCAGGCCAGGGUCCAGGCCCACAAUCUCAUAGUUGUGCUGGCAGAAUGUGUCCACCUGAGCAUGUCUGUUCUCCAGGAAUUCCGGU